GAGAGCUUUGAUAACAUAUACCUGGACCUCUCGAAGCAACCGGGAAAAUGCAAGCUGGCCGAGAGUGGUCUGGGCUGGCGUCCCUCCGGUGGCGGCGACACCUUCACCCUCGACAGCAGCAACAUCGGCCACGCCCAGUGGAGUCGCGCCGCCAAAGGAUACGAGCUGAAGAUCUUGUCGCGGAACUCGGGAGUCAUUCAGCUUGAUGGAUUUGACCAAGAGGACUUUGAGCGACUGAGCAAGGCUUUCAAGAUCUGGUACGGCAUCAACGUCGAGACCCGCGAACACGCCCUGCGCGGAUGGAACUGGGGCAAAGCCGAGUUCACCAAGGCCGAGCUAUCCUUCAGUGUCCAGAACCGACCCGCGUUCGAAGUCCCCUACUCCGAGAUCUCCAACACCAACCUUGCAGGCAAGAACGAAGUGGCGGUUGAGUUUGCGCUUUCUGCAGACCAGGCGAACGGUGCCGACGGACAGCCCGCGGGGAGCACGCAGAAUCGCGGCCGAAAGGCUGCAGCAGGUCCCGAUGAGUUGGUGGAAAUGCGCUUCUACAUCCCCGGUACUGCCGUGAAGAAGGAGAAGGCCGAGGGUGAUGAAGAGGAGAACGAGGAAGAGGUGGAGGAGCAGAAUGCGGCGAACCUCUUCUAUGAGACCUUGAUGGACAAGGCCGAGAUCGGUGACGUGGCGGGCGAUACUUUUGCGACUUUCUUGGAUGUUCUGCACCUUACCCCCAGAGGUCGUUUCGAUAUCGAUAUGUACGAGUCCUCUUUCCGUCUCCGUGGCAAAACAUACGACUACAAGAUCCAAUACUCUGCCAUUAAAAAGUUCUUCUUGCUUCCGAAGAAUGACGAUACCCAUACUCUGAUUGUGCUCGGCCUUGAUCCCCCUCUUCGUCAGGGCCAGACUCGCUACCCGUUCCUGGUCAUGCAGUUGAAGUUGGAUGAGGAGAUCAGCCUGGAGCUGAACAUGACAGAGGAACUGUUGAAAAAGCAGUAUGGUGAUAAGCUUCAGGCACACUAUGAGGAGCCCAUUCACCAGGUCGUGACCAAGAUCUUCCGUGGGUUGUCUGGCAAGAAGGUUAUCAUGCCGUCCAAGGACUUUAUCAGCCACCACGGACACCACGGCGUCAAGUGCUCUAUCAAGGCCAACGAGGGCUCUCUUUACUUCCUGGACAAGAGUCUCAUGUUCGUUCCCAAGCCUGCUACCUAUAUCCAGCUUGAGAAUGUCGCGGUGGUGACCAUGUCCCGUGUCGGUGGCGCUGUUUCAGCCAGCCGAACCUUUGAUAUCACUGUCAGCCUCAAGGGUGGUCUGGGCGAGCACCAGUUCAGUAACAUCAACCGGGAGGAGCAACAACCACUGGAAGAGUUCUUCAAGGCCAAGGGCAUUCGCAUUAAGAAUGAGAUGUUGGAGGAAUCCUCAACCCUUCUGAAGGCCGCCCUCGACAAUGACGACCUGAUGGAGUCGAGCGACGAGGAGGGUGCACGGGCCGAUCGUGGCUCGGCAGAUGAGGAUGAGGAGUCAGUGGAUGAGGACUUCAAUGCCUCGUCGGACUCUGAUGUUGCGGAGGAGUACGACUCGGCACAUGAGAGCAGUGGGGACAGUGACGAGGAGAUGGGUGAUGCGGGUGACAACGAUGACGAUGCGGGUGCUGGAUCGGACGAGGGGGAGGAAACCCGGCCCAAGAAGAAGAGCAAGACUGGGAAAUAG